UCCUCCAAUAAAAAACACAACCAUCUCAUUAACCAUCCCGUUACAAACAUCGAACAAGUGCUUUCAGAGAUAUCUACCUUUCGCAUCGCCGUACGUGGAUAUAAAUCUAGAGACGUGCAAUUAGAGAGAUAUGAAACAAUUUCCUCACUGCGAUGGCGACUUUCGUCAACAAUAAAUUAUUGUCUUAAAACCCCACGGAAGUUAUCUCACAUGUUCCAUCUUUCAACAACAGUCCACAAACUCCAGGAUGCGCUCCCACCCUUCUAAGGCACAACCCGACCGCCUUAAUAACGAUUAUACUUAUUACGUCCCCGAUAUCUUAUUAGAACGAUUGCAGCAACCCAGCGUCCUCGUACCGCUACUUCUCCUUCUAUUCACUAUCUUCUACCAGUAUCUCCAUUCUUCGCCCUUCUCGCGACCACGACAUCCCGGAGAGCUUCUUUGGGACUUUAUAGUAACCAUAACCCCCGCGACUGUGCUCUAUGCUCUCGACGGCUGGCUCCAUCCACCUACAUUCCCGACCCCGGGAUCUAUGUCAUCGACACAACCUCGAUCGCACGCCACCAAGAGUGAACUUCUUAGACGAAUACUUGGGAUGGAUGGGCCAGGUGGCAUAAUAACAUCUGUUGCUGACGCCGGCAGAAGAAGACUUUCUAGUCUAUCAAGUAGCACGCUUGUCAAACAUAAGACCGACCAACCCCCCGGCCUAGGAAACUACGAUAAUUCCUGCUUCCAAAACAGCAUCCUUCAGGGACUAUCGUCACUAAGGCCAUUCCCCUUAUAUCUUGCAAGAGGCCUCGAACAAGAUGGUUCUGAUAGCGAUGAGGAGUUAGGCUCAGCGAGUUCGUUACGAGAUCUCAUUUCGAAGCUAACGGGCAAUAAUUAUAAUGGGAAGACCUUAUGGACGCCGAAGAAGCUAAAAUCUCUAGACACUUGGCAACAGCAAGACGCCCAGGAAUAUUUCUCUAAAAUACUAGAUGAAGUCGAGAAGGAGAUCAUGAAAACAGUAAAACCUACUCCCCAUUCACCCGGAUUUGAAGUGGCCGGUAUUAGGGAUGAUACCGAGGAUAGCCAGCACAGUGAUGACAGCGGAUAUCAGUCACUUCCAGUCCUUUCUAAAGCCGGAUCAGACGCUAGACUUUUAAGAAAUCCACUUGAGGGCUUACUAGCACAACGAGUAGCAUGUGUUCAGUGUGGCUAUUCCGACGGACUUUCCAUGACUCCAUUCAACUGUCUCACCCUCAAUCUCGGACUUGAGCAAACAGAACACGAUCUCUAUGAGCGACUGGAUUCUUACACGGAUUUAGAGACAAUCGAAGGAGUUGAGUGUGCCAAGUGUACGCUAUUAAGCUAUAGGAAGUUGUUGAAAAUCCUCCAGUCUCGUAGAGGAAACGACGCGACCGAGACUGAAUUACGAAAGCUUAAUUCCCGAUUAGAAGUUGUGGAACUUGCUCUUGAGGAGGACGAUUUCCAAGAAACUACCUUGAAAGAUAAAUGCGAAAUACGGAAACGAGUCAGCUCGACCAAGACCAAGCAGGUAGCUAUAGCACGCCCACCCCAGAGCCUUGCCAUUCAUAUGAAUCGCUCGGUAUUUGACGAAAAUACGGGUCAAAUGUUCAAGAAUCUCGCAGCCGUGCGCUUCCCUAAGACGCUUGACCUUGGUCCAUGGUGCCUAGGGAGUGCCGGCGGACCAGCUGGCCUCAUUCAGGGAAGGAUGGAUUCUACCGCCAGUGCUUCUGAUGAUGAAGAGCAAUGGGUUACAGAUCCCAAGUCGUCGAUGGUUUCAGGCGAUAUAAAGCCUUCUAGGAUUAGCGGUCCACUUUAUGAACUACGCGCGGUCAUAACUCAUCAAGGACGACACGAAAAUGGCCAUUACGUUUGUUAUCGAAGGCAUCCCUGUAAACCAUCGAAACUUGAAGACGAAGAAUCCGACUCAGGUAUUGGAAGUGAUAAUACCGCAGGAGAUGAAAGUACCCUAGCCGACGGGGUCGACGGAGACGAUGGCGAGUGUACCGGCUCAACUACAGACGCGAAGUGGUGGCGCCUAAGUGACGAGAGUGUGUGGGAGGUAUCCGAAGAGACUGUCUUGGCACAAGGUGGAGUAUUCAUGCUUUUCUACGAUUGUAUCGAUCCAAACUCUGUUCUUGUCUCUACAAUUCAACAUGAAACAGAACAGACGGAGCCAGACAGCAGUAUCUUCACCCCUUUCGGAGGCCAGGAUAUUGAUAAUACUGCAGAAGCAGGUAAUACCGAGGGAUUAGAGGAUAAACCUUUGGAAAGUGGCGAGCAAGCCCACGAUAUACCCUCAACUGAAGAGCUUUCGGGGCUGGUCCGGACGAACGAUAUCACUAGCCCGCUAAGUGAUGAUAAUCCCGGGGUCGAAAUCGAUAGUACACAACCACCAAAGACUAGGCCUCUAGGGUCGAUUCUUACGCCGCUCCUCAAGGACGGCGAAAGGGUGGAUCCCAUAAUCCCCCUUUGCCGGCCUAAUAGUUGAGGGCGAGUGAAAAUAAUCGGGUCUUUCCUAAGCGAGUCUCCUGUAAUAGCUGAAUUACAAUCGGCAAUGAAUGUAUUAUAAUAGCCUGCUUCUUUGCAUAGCCACGGCGUUCUGGUGGAGUGGAUGAUGGGAGAUAUUCCAGGCUUUGUAUUUAACUAUCAUGCAGCGGAUGUGUACUCGUUCAGGCGUAUGUAGCCUUUGGUAACAACCCCUAAAGGGGUCGGUGUCGAGUUUUCUGUAAGGUAAACAACUUGACCUCCGUCGUUCGUUUACGUUUAUGGGACAUGAUGUUCCUUAUGAUGCUAUCGCAUAGUAAAGUGAUCAUUAGAGCACUUGGACACACAUAUAUACACGUGUAUUUACCAGGUACCUAAGGCAUAUCUAUC